UUUUCUUUUUUAGAUAGCAUGCAUUUCUUCCUUUUCUUUUUCAUUUAAUAAAUAAUGUAUGAAACUGAAGGUUCAUCUAUUGCAAGCAGUGGUUCUUCAUAUGAAGAACAAAAUUAUAUGGAACCUUUUAUCAAUCGGUGCUCAAUAUGUUUUGAUUCACAGCUUGAUUUAUGUUUAGAAUAUUGCAGAGAUCAAUACUGUAUAGAAUGCUUUCAAAAAUAUGUAAUUGAAGUUGUAAAGUCAUCAUGGGGCUUAAGUGUAACUCCUAUCAGAUGUCCUGUUUGUAAUGCAUUAAUACCUAAACAUGAAUGGAGUAAAUAUGUACCUCGAAAAAUUAUAGAAAUGUAUGAUAAAUUCAAUAAACCCUACCGUAGUUAUACUAGAGCAUGUUCACAUUGUGAAACUGACAUAAUACCAUGCAUGUAUAAUCAUAACACGACAUUGAUACAACAACCUAGUCGUUUGUUCUGUGAUUUAAUGGAAACAAUGUUAAAUAAUUGUCCUAAAGCUGAAAAGCAUAAAAAUCAUCCAGAGCAUAUAUCAAUUAAAAGAUGGAUACCAAUUUAUAAAAGACAAGAUUGUUCAGAUAAUAAAUUACUUGUGCUUUAUAAACACAUCAUGAAAGAUGUGUUGGAAUUUGAAAAAAAUCAUAAUAGUCGUAGUAAUCAAAACUAUGCUUACAACAUAUCUCUUCAAUUUAUUAAUUUCUGUGUAAAGCCUGAAAUUUGGAAACAAAUUCAAUUUGCUCAUAUUAAAUUCUUUCCAGAUAUGAUUUGCUCCCAUUGUAAAGUACGUAUUUGUCUACAUUGUGGAUAUGAUUCACAUAUUGGAUUCAGCUGUGAAGAAAAUAUGAAAGAGAUGCUAUCAAAUAAACAUAUUCAAAAAGAUAUCAAAGAAACGGUUCGAUGGGAAUUAAACAAUAGUCGACGAUGUCCAAAUUGCUCAAUUAUGAUAAAUAGGGAUGAAGGGUGUAAUAAAGUCGAUUGUUCAUAUUGUGGAUUUUGCUUUUGUUGGACAUGUCGUUUAUCUUGGACAGAGGGAUGUGGCUUUUAUAGAUGCUUAAAUGAGAAAGAAGAAGAAGAAGAAAAUAAUGAUGAUAUACCAUCUUUUAAAUAUGAAGCAUUAAAAGAAGAAAAAACUGAAAUAGGUGUUCCAAAUAUAAAAAAUAUCGAGGCAAGACUUAUCAAUAAUAAUCAAUAUGAUCGUAUGGAGAUGGAUUAAUUUGCUACUGCUUAUAAAGAUUUGCUCAUAUAUAAAAUAAAUAAUUUAUUUAUUGCUCUUUUAUGCAGUUUGUCUUGAAAAAAAAAAAGAAAAAAAAAUACAAUAAAUGUCAGUUAUGAAAUAAAACAAAUCAUAACAAUA